AUGGUGCAACACCUAGGUACCCCCCAGCUGACCCCCAGCAGCCCAGUGACUAUAGUAGAGGGCGAUGACCUGAGUGUUGUGUGUAGUGUGACCUCUGACCCAGCCUCCCCCACCUUACAGUGGAGUAAAGAUGGAACUAGGGAACCAGCAGGAGCAACACUGAGGAAGAACCCUGUCACACAGAGCGAUGCAGGGACGUACACUUGCACGGCAACAAAUGCAUGUUCAACUUCAGCACAACUGGUGGUGGAUGUUCAAUACCCCCCAGACGGAAACCCCGUUUGCACAGUGACCACGUCAGGAAACAACGUUGUCUUGAGAUGUGAGCUGCAGGGGGGAAACCCAGCUGUGGACCUGGUCUGGACUUACGGGAAUGGUCAGUCGGCUGGGACUUCACAGGAGUCAGUAAACCAGGUGAAUGCACCUGUAACAGCAGAGGGAACAACCUACACCUGUACAGCUACAAGUGUGGCACUGAACCCGGGCAGAACAUGCUCAGCUACUCUUGCCGCCCCAUCAGUAACCGUGUCCCCCCAGCCGACCUCCACAGUACUGUUGGGUACAGCCAGCCACAGUCUCACCUGUACUGUGGACUCACCUGGUGUCCCAGCAGCCUCUGCGCUCACCUGGACCGGCCCAGCUGUGACGGCAGGUAGGACAACAGGUGGGACCCUGACCACGCCCAGCCUGACCAUCUCAGGUGUGGAGAAGACUGAUGCAGGAGACUACACCUGUACGGCUACAAACCUGGUCGGGGAUGGAUCGGACUCUCUCAGUCUGGUGGUACAGUAUCCCCCCGAGCUGACAGUGACCGCUACUCCCAACCCCGUGGACGAGACCCAGUCUGUCAGCCUGACCUCUGUGUCUUGUCAGUGCAGUCGUCACGCAGACUCCAUCCAAGGCCAAGGUCAAGGACAAGGACAGUGCAUAUGCCGGAGAGGCUGGAGGGGGAACGGCACAUUCUGUGAACCAUUGUCUGACACCCUUGAGGUCGAGCUGUUGGUGAUCGGCGAAAACUGGCGUCCAGGGCUGGAUGACUGCGCCUCUGUGGAUUUCCAGACAUUAGCAAACAGAUUCGAUAAAGAGAUUCGGAAAUUCUACAGGGAUCAUCUGGUAGCAGUACUCAGCCUGGCUAUCACACGCUUCUUCGAUGGCAGCUUGUACGUGGUGCACACAGUAACGUUCCCCAAUCACAUGGAACACCACCACCUGAUCGAAAUGUUCGAAGAAUUCGACAACGACACUGGUCUUUACUUCGACGGCCAUGCUGUGAGGGAGCUGUGCCAUGUUGGGUUUUGUGAGAAUGAUGGAACAUGCAGAGAAGAAGGCUUUGACAGAGUUUGUGACUGUCCUUCGGGGUAUUCUGGAUUACUGUGCGAAAAUCAAGGACCUGGUGGAGACAAUACCACCACCAUCAUAAUAGCAGUGGUUGUAGUAUGUGUAAUUGUGCUUUUAGCUGUCAUCGCUGUUGCAGUGGUUGUUACCAGGAGAAGGAAGUCUGCAGCCAAUAAAAAAACAGUGGAAAAUCAUGUAAACAACAUAAAUCUGGAUCAUGUGCAAGGUGAAGCAGACGACGGGUAUCAAAGUCUGAGGAUACCUCAUAGGCAGUCAUCUGACCACACCUACCAGGGCCUGACAGCACGCAGCGACAAAGAGUUAGCAUCAGAUGGGGCGUAUGAAGAUGUGAAGACACCUUCUGAGUUCCCCCGAAAUCAGUUAGCCAUCAAAGAGGAACUUGGACACGGAGAAUUUGGAUGUGUCUAUAAGGCAGAAGCUUGGAACAUAUCAGGAAGCGUAGGUACAACCGUCGUGGCCGCGAAGGAGCUGAAAGGAAUGAGUCCCACUGCUUCAACUGCAUUCUUCAAGGAGCUGGCAGUGCUGAAGCUCCUUGGGACCCACCCGAACGUUGUGUCGUUUCUUGGAUGCUGCACUGAUGCUGAGCCGUUCUACCUGCUGCUUGAGUACGUGUCCGGAGGAAGUCUCCAGUCCAACCUCCGCACCAGCCGCACCCAGCAAACAUACGGGAACUUACACGGCGGCAGCAAGUCCCUCUCAUCACGUGACCUCACUAAGUUCGCUUGGGACGUGGCCAAGGGCAUGAGCUUUCUGUCAGCGAAGAAGAUCAUCCACCGUGACCUGGCGACCCGGAACGUGCUCGUGUCUGCAGACCGGACCUGUAAGGUGUCUGACUUCGGCUUCUCACGGGAGGGUGAUGAGUACGAGAGGACGACUAAGGUUUCCACUGCAGUUCCUCACUUUCCAAGAAUCUAUCAUUCCUCUUAAAGGUAGCCAACAGUAUCUUGUUGCCUGCAGUUAAUACAGUCAGAUAAUAUUAAAACUGCAGUUGUUUUAGCAAAAUUAAAACUGCAGUUGUUUUAAUGACGUCUUGGUUCAACAAGUUUUUUUUUUGUAUGUAGUUUGUACAUUCCGCGUUUUUGUCAUUUUUGCCAUCCAUUCAUUGUAUAAAAUUAUUCCCAGACCCGCCUGCCUAUCCGCUGGAUGGCCCCCGAGUCGCUGUUCCACCGGAAGUACACCACCAAGACGGACGUCUGGGCCUUCGGAGUGCUGCUCUGGGAGAUCGUCACACUCGGUGCAACCCCGUACCCCGGUAUGUCCAAACGAGAAGUGAUGGACGGAGUGCAGCAGGGAUACAGGAUGGACAAACCUAAACACUGCGAUGACAAACUCUACACCCUAAUGUUGAGCUGUUGGGAUGCUGAUCCCGCCCGGAGACCAGAGUUCCGGAAGAUCCAGCGGACUCUGGAUUCACUCAUGGAGACUGAAGAUG